AUGGCUGCAGGCGAUUUCAACAUCAAAAAGUUUGACAUGUCAAAGCUUCAGGACCACAAGACGGUCGUAGUCAUUGGCAGACGGGGCGUCGGGAAGACGACCCUCAUAGCCGACAUACUGUACCACAAGCGGCAGAUUCCAGCCGGAAUCGUCAUAAGCGGCUCAGAGGACGGCAACGGCUUCUACCGCAAGUUCAUACCAGACAGUUUCAUAUACGACACCUUCGACGAGGAGAUCAUCAAAAAACUAAUCGCCAGGCAGAAGAAUCUCACGAGACUCAAGGUCAAAGACUCCAGCGUCUUCCUCCUCCUGGAUGACUGCCUCUUCAAGCAAAACAUCAUGAAGUCUGACACCAUGCGCUAUCUAUACAUGAAUGGCCGCCAUUUCGGCCUCAUGGUCAUCUUGGCGUCUCAGUACAUCAUGGACAUACCUCCACCCGUCCGAUCCAACAUUGAUUACGUCUUCAUAUACAACGACCCGAUCCUCGCCAACCGUAAGAGGUACUACGACCACCUGUUUGGCGUGUUCAAGACGUUCUCACAGUUUGAGGCGGUCUUCAAGGCGUGUACCAGCAAGCACGAAUGCCUCGUGUUGGACAACACCGUCCAGAGCACGGAACCGACCGAUGCAAUAUUCUGGUACAAGGCAGACAUCCACGAGCACUUCAAGAUCGGGGCGCCGGCAUAUUGGGCACAUCACAAUCGCACGUACGCAGAUUCAGAGCUGCAAAAGAGAAACGAGGUCGUUGUCACCAGCAACGGCAUCAGGGGGUGGCAACAGCACCACGCCUACCCGGCCUACUACGGCAGACCAGACGGGAGGGUCUGGAGCGCCAAGACCGGCCGGGUCAUCGAAGGUUUCAGCAGAUCCGAUGGCUACGGCUACAUCAAAAUCGACGGGAAGGACGGCCCGAGGUCUCGUUUCAACCUGUCGCUCUCCCUCGGACGCGCCAUCGAGGAGGGGAUGGAGUGCGACCACAUCGUCCCCGUCAGUAGAGGAGGUGGAGAUGACUGGGCCAACCUGCAGGAGCUUUCAAAGCCGGAUCACAGGCUCAAGACCGUCUCGGACAACCCCGACGCGGGCAAGAAGUCGGGCAUCACCACGGGCAUCCCCAUCGUCGCGCGCCACGUGGUUACCGGAGUCGAGACCAGCUUCAAUUCGGUUCGUGAUGCGGUCAGAGAGCUCAAAAUCCACCACACUGUCAUCGAUAGGUAUCUGAAUGGCCUGACGAGCAGGGGCGACUACGUCUUCUCAUAUACUCCGGAGCACCUGGCCGAACAGGCCGACCUGCCCGGCGAGACGUGGCUGGAGGCCGUCAGCAGCUGGGGUCUCGUCCCCAAUAUCAGGGCCAGCAACCGCGGUAGGAUCCAGGAAUCCAGAGGAAGGCGGAGCUACGGCAGAGAUCAGCACGGCUACAAGCGAUUUUCGGCCACGAUCGAUAAGAAUGAGAGGGACCUCAAGGUGCACGACGUGAUCGCCAGGACCUUCCUCGAGCCCCCUCCCUCGUCGGAGCAUACUCCCGACCACAUCAACGGAGAUCGGUCCGACAACCGCUCAGAGAAUUUGCGCUGGGGCACUCCGACGGAACAAGGCAGGAAUCAGAAGUCAAAUCGCAGCGUUAUCCAGCUGGAUCUGAUCACCGGAGCGCAGUUGGCGGUCUUUGGUACCAUCGCUGAGGCCGCAGAGGCUCUUGGGAUAUUUGCAAGUAAUAUCGGCAAUGUAGCAGCGGGCCGCCGACUCGCUACCGGCGGAUUUAAGUGGAUUUAUUCAGAGGCACUCCACACUUAG